CCCAACCAGGGACCGAACCUGCACCCCCUGCAUUGGAAGGCAAAGUCUUAACUACUGGACUGCCAGGGAAGCCCCCCAGAUCUUGUUUUCUUUUCUUUUCUUUUUUUAAAUUAAUUUAUUUAUUUUUGGCUGCGUUGAGUCUUCGUUGCUGUGCGCAGGCUUUCUCUACUUGUGACAAGCGGGGGCUACUCUUUGUUGUGGUACAUGUUUCUCAUUGCUGUGGCUUCUCUUGUUGUGGAGCACAGGCUACGGGCCCAUAGGCUUCAUUAGUUGUGGCACGCAGGCUCAGUAGUUGUGGCUCACGGGCUCUAGAGCGCAGGCUUAGUAGUUGUGGUGCACAGGCUUAGUUGCUCUGCGGCAUGUGGGAUCUUCCUGGACCAGGGCUCGAACCCGUGUCCCCUGCAUUGGCAGGUGGAUUCUUAACCACUGUGCCAUGAGGGAAGUUCCAGAUCUUGUUUUCUUAAUCAUAUACAUUUACUCUCCUCCUUAGCCUUGUGGGAUUCAUGCUAUCUCCAUUUUAUAGAUGCAGAAACUGAAGUUUGGAUCAUUACAAAUCAACAACAACCGUACAGGAGAUUCAGGGUUUGAACUAGCCCUGGUGUGUCUAACUUGCCCCUCUUCCCUCCUCAGGGCAUCAUGGUAGGAGGCUUGAAGAGGAAACACUCAGAUCUGGAGGAGGAAGAGGAGGAUGAGAAGUGGGACUGGGGUCCUGCAGGCCUGCGGAGCUACCAGCAAGCCCUGCUCCGUAUCUCCCUCGACAAAGUCCAGCGAAGCCUGGGCCCCCGAGCACCCAGCCUUCGCAGGCAUGUCCUCAUCCACAAUACCCUCCAGCAGCUCCAAGCUGCGCUUUGCCUGACUCCUGCACCUGCCCUGCCCCCAGAGCCCCUCUUCCUGGGCGAGGAGGACUUCUCCCUGUCGGCGACCAUCGGCUCUAUUCUCAGGGAGCUGGAGACCUCCAUGGAUGAGACCGAGCCCCCUCAGAAUCCAGUGGCUCCCCCAGGCCCCCAGAAUGAAGUGCUGUCCCAGCCCGAUCCAGUCUUCUUAGAAGCUCUGAGCUCCCGGUACCUGGGGGACUCUGGCCUGGAUGACUUCUUCCUGGACAUUGACACAUCUGCAGUGGAGAAGGAGCCUUCACUGGCUCCACCAGAGCCUCCUCACAACCUUUUCUGUGCCCCAGGGUCCUGGGAGUGGAAUGAACUAGAUCACAUCAUGGAAAUCAUUCUGGGAUCCUAAAACUUUGUUGGAGGAGGGCCCUUCCUCAUCGCAGCCUUGGUGGGCUGAAUCUCUGGAUGCAGCUCUGUGUGUGUGUGUGUGUGUGUGUGUGUGUGUGUUUUGAUGGGGGCUCUAAGCAGUGGCUGUGGCCUCCUUCCUCCCAUUUCAGGGUUCCAAAUUGUCUCGCAUGUAUGUGUGUGUCUGGUUAUCUCAACCUUCUGUGAAGGUGGGUCUUCCUGAAUUAAUUUAUCUUUUCCAAAUGCCUUAAUGAGACUCUGUUUCUGGGAGUCUGGUUUCCCACUUCCACAUUUCUCCUGUCUUUCCCUCCAUUUCCUACUCCCCUUGUGUCCACUGGGGCCUCAGGGAAGAUAGUUUGGGCCUGUCAAAGGAUGACAGGGAUGUGCGCCUGGUUGCUAUGGAAACCCAGCCUCUGCCUCUUGCACCUCCAGGUAGUGGGAGGGGCUGGCCUCCUCCCCACAGGCUGAACCCCACCUCCUUCAUAGGACCGCAAUCCAAGCAGCCUCCUGAUUCAUGACCAGGCCGGACCACGUGCAAUAGGGUGGAAACCAAACUGCUCCAUGCCACAUUAUUUAAAAGAAAGGCGGGUUUUGUGGUGCUUUUUUGUUUCUGUUUUUGUUUUUUGAUUGUUUGUAAUUUUUUUUUUUUUUUAAUAAAAGUACUUUGGAAGG